ACGUCUUUAAAUAAAACUGAAAGUUAAGCCCUUUGCUUGUGGGCAAGAAGUAACAAUUACUACCUAACUUACUGCAGUAAUGAGUGCACACAUUAAUGCUCCACCCUCUGUCAAAUAUGGCUUGUGGCUCAACUUUAAUCUGCUGUUAAAACACAGGAGUGCCCACAGCCAUUUGUGAAUUGAAACAGGAGAAACAUUUUAAGUGAUCUGGUCUGGAUCAUAAAGUGUCCUUCAGCUGAGCUGCUUUUAGAACAGUUUUUAUCCUAAAUACAGUAGAUCAGAAUUCAUCUUUAGGGAUGCCUGUCAGUAGCCAGGGUAGGGUAUGCUAUACACAAACUCUCAACCACAACUUUAGGCUGAACUUUGUAAAAAAACAUUCUAUGAAGUCAGGGCAGUAAAGAUAGUAGAGGGAGCAGGGCCAAUACACGUGAAAGUUGUAAUGUCCUUAGGACAGGUUGUAGAUGUUGGCUGAUACAGAUGCUCAUCUUUAUGAGAAUAUAUUUUUAUAUUGUUUUCUUGUAUUUAACUUUUAAUAGAAUGUUAGAAGCAAAUAAUUUUUUUUAUAAGACACCAUAAUUGAUACCAUGUCAGAGGAGCUUACCCCACAUCCAGCAAGGGGGCUUCUUGUGAUUUUUCAAGCAGCUUUGGCUUAGAUUUUAAACCCCUCAGGUCUGUACCAAAAAGAUGUGGUUUGUGAUUACAACCAUCUGUCUGUCAGCUAAGUGCAUUCCCUUAGCCUGUGCUGAUAGCCUGCCUAGUGGGACAAUACCACACCUUUGGUUAAGUCACAGGGAGCCAGGGCCACGCUGAGGCUGCACGGCUGAAGUGGUGAAUGCCACUGCACUGGUUCCCUGCCCACCUUCUUUUUGCAGCCUUUUGUGCAUGCAGCUGUGGCAGGUGACUGCAGAAGUGCAUCUGUGCUGAAGUUACAAGUUUACAGACCAGAACCUGAGAGUAAACUGAAAUUUGCAGCACUUGGCAUGGGUCUGUCAGGCUCAGCUGUGGAUAUAACCUGAGUGCUCUGGAUUAUAUAUUUAUAACUUCAUUUUCUUGCAAGAUUCACUGCCCAUAACAUCUGCUUUAUAUUUCAUCAAGUCUUGCUAAGAACGUGAAUGGCUGUCAUCUCAUUGGGACUUCUACAUAUAUUUCCCUUUCCUUUCUCUUCUCUUGGUAUUUCUUUAGUUCUCUUUUUUUUGUUUUGCUGAACCUGUCUCGUCCUUCCCUACCACUGACACUUAGUCAAGUGUUUUCCUGUUUCUGAAUAACAAAAAGCCAUGCUCAUUUCCAGCUGCCCAUUUCUCCUGGUGAGGUACCUCUCAAUCUCCCACCCUGGCAAUUCCAAGCAGCAGGCCCCAGCUGGCAGAGCUCUCUGUGAUUCCCUUUUGGGGCCCUUUUAUGUCCCAUAUCCAAGAGCAGGAUAACCAUGUGGAUGUAGACUGCCUUAGCAGCCUGGUUUGAGAACUGUGACUGGCCCAGCUAACAAAGUCAUUCUUUAUGCAUCUAGACAUGAAGGACUGAGAAAUUUGAGAAUAUGGGUCGUUGUGAUUAUUUUUUGUCUCACCAGGCCCCAUCAUGCCACAGAUAAUUUUAAAGAAUUCCUCUGGGCUGUGACUUGGGUUUUGGUCUUGCUUUUCACUCCCCACUCAAAGACUGUGGUUAAUCAAAGAAAAGUACACACAUACCUUCUUGGGUGGUAAUUCUCCCUGUAUGACACAUUUACUGCUGAGAAAAAAAAAACCAAAAAACUAUCGUUGUUUGCCAUUUUUUAAUCCUGUAAUUGCUAUGUUUAUUCAUGGUGUUGACUGAAAUUCCACUGAAUUUUACUUGCAUAUGGGCCUUCUGAUCUUGGGUCUAAUUCUGCUGUUCUAUCAAACUUGCAGUUUAUGCCAAGCCCUGCCCUUGCUGUCUGUUCAUAUGGGUUUUGUCCCAUAUCCCAUACCCAUCUUCAUUAUUUCCUUCUUUUUCUUGGUCAUCCUCCAUUUCCUCAUUAUUUCCCUUCUGUUGAUUUUUCUAGCUUUUCUUUUAAAAAAAGAGAGAAACAACAUAUCAUCCACUGCCUUAAAACUUGGUGUAAUUUCUGUGUUUCCCACAUCCUAUGCCUGUCUUGUCUAAGUUGAUUGUAUCUCAGGUCACAGACUGCCUACUCGACACCAAAUACCAUGUUAUAGGAAACUUCUGUUUGAGUUAGUCUUUAUGCACAGCAUGAGUAAAUACAUUUUAUUAACAAUAACAACAACUAUGCAAGUAAUCCCUUAUAUUUUAAUGAUGGGACUGAUGUAAUGGCUCAAAAUAAGUAUGGCAAAAACGAUUCCUUAUGGUACAUGGAAUUAAGAUGAAUAGAAGAUAUCUUUAAGUAGGAAUUGACAAUAUAUCUUAAAAAAAAAAAACUUAUUUAACUUUGCCUCUUUUAAUUUGUUAGAUAAAAGAUUUUUAUUGGUUUAUUCAUACAUUCAUUUCUUCAUUGUGGUAGGAUCGCAGUGACUACUUGUCUCUGAGCUUGGUGGCCUCAGGGAUAAUCCAAGCAAGCAUUAGGUUAAACAUUGUCUAGAACAAUGAAGCAGCAAACACAUGCAGGUGUUUUUGCUCUAAAGUUUAGGUGAAAGCCUGAUACCUAUAUGCAGUAUUUGUAUAGAAUGUCUGUAUAUAGAUGAGGAGGAGCUUUACAGGAAAUAAGUUGUCAGCCCCAGUCUCUACAGGUGUUCAGCAGGAGCUCAUCCUGAACCACAAGGUGGGAUAAAGCAGGAAGGGGUUUAUCUGAAAGGGCAGCAGUGGGAUUCAGUUGUAGGGCUGCCAGGAAACAGGAGAUGUCUUUAGACAAUGAAACAAAAGGUACAGUGAGCUUGGAGGGAAGGGAGGAGAGUCAAGGACAGUGCUCACCAAUGCUCCAGCAGAAAAAGGAAAGAAACACAAGGGAAGAAGGGACUGGCAAACCUAGAUGAAACAGUGACUGGAGAAGUGAAAAGUGAGGAAAAACUGCAAAAACUAAGCUGAGACAUGAGCUAGAUAUGCUAAAUGUGACUGAAGGGCCAACAAGAGAUUGGCUUAAAAUGGAUUGAGAAGCUUUCAGAUAAGAGGAAGCAAAACCAACUUUGAUGGGGAUUUUGGGUAGAACCCAACAAGAAACAGAGAGAUGUGACUGGAAGAACCUGUGAGGUGGCAAGAGGCACUUAUACCAAAGGCACUUUUUUUUUCAUGUUUUGGGUUUUUUUAAAUUACAAAAGAGACACGCAUAUCUCUGUGGGUGCUAGGAAUCAGAGCAGACUGAAUGACUAAAGCUGUGAACAAAUGAAAGAGAGCGUUGGGAAGACCAGGAAAUGAAAUGGGGUGAAGUUACCAGGGCAAGUGAUGGAGUUACAGAAGACAUGUUGAUAAGCUUUUUGUUACUGCCACAUAGAGACUUGUAGACAGAGGAAGCAUGAAGAGAAUAUUUUAUCACUUUUAUCUUUACAGAAAAUGGUGAGAUAACAAGUGGAGGAAAACAGACAGGAAGGCUUGACAAGGGUUAAGCAGCAGCAAUGAAAAGCUCACUGGGAUUACAAGCGUGCAGAUGAGCAGCAGAAGGAGAAUUGUUUAGUUGUGAGAAGGCAGAAAUGGAGGAGAGCAGGCAUGUGGGAGAGGAAGUUGCCUUGAUCGCAGGAUUUCCGUCGCUCUGCAGUGCAAGAGCAUGCAUGGGUGGAGCAAGCAGUGAAGCACAUCCCUGGCCUACAGAAGUUACAGAAGAUGCUUCACACCAGCCUUUUAGCUAUCAGAAAUAUUAUUUCAAGCUCUGUAAAGACAAUAAACAUAAUGAUAUUAACACAUUGUUUUAAGGUCAGGUUUAUGGAAUCCAAUGCUUGAGAGAAACCUUGGAGAUUCUACUACUGUUUGUUAGGGAGCACAUAAUGUUAUUUUCUGUUAACGUGUGGGGCCACUUUAAAUUUGUCCUUCUGCUUUAUUAAACCAUCGUGGGAAGUGCAGCAGGAGGAAACCCGGGUAAUUGGCUGCAGCUCCAGAUGCAGCCGCUCGCUCAUUGGAGAGAGGAGGAUUCUCCCCGUACUAAAAUUAGACCAUCCCCGCCCUCCAGAAAUGCUUCUGGAAACAGGGAGGAAUUGUGACACCGCCGGAGGAGCGGGUGGGCAGGGAGCUGUGCAGGGCCCUGCUCCGGACCCAGCCUCGGGCUGCGCUGCAAGGUGCUUCGGGUCCUGGGUGGUUUAAAAAAAAUGCACACAGUAAAGAAACUGCAGGAGAUUCAUGUUCACAGUGAAACACAGAUAUUAAAUUCAACAUUUCUUAUGUAAGAAUAAUUCUGAAGUGUUCAUGCAGGCAGAGGAAGCCUUUGAACUGCUAAAUUUAAGCAAGGGCUGUCAGACUUGUGCUUGUUGACUUUGAAAAGAAAUGACUUGCUGAAUUAACUCUGAACUAAACUAAAAAACUGGUGGACUGUUUUCUAUCAGCAUUUCUUAAAAAAUAAAACAUGUUUAUCUGUUAUCGCUGUGAAGUUGCAGUGUUUACAAUGUCUUCAAAUUAAAUAUUGGAUAGGGUUAAAGAAACAAAUGCCAUGUGCUUGUGUUGGUGAAGGAAAGCCUGUAUCUGAAUUUGUCUUGUGUAUUUGGAACCUUUAUUUUUUAAGGUAUAUGAAUAACAAUGCCAGUCUUCAGUUUUUAAAUAUAUUUCAAAUUGGCUGCAAGGAAAUAACUGCAUCUUUUUAUUUCUUGUUUCUAUAUUUAUAUUAUUCACAUUACUCACGAAAAGGAUUAAGGCAAAAUGGGUUUUUCUUACACUAAAACCAGCUUUUGCUGUAAAUUUGCUAUUCCCUCACUUAACCAGGGCAUAAAGUGUCAGCACCUCUGGCUCCAAAUCCUAGGGGAUUUUUUGUCUUUCCUCCUUUGCCUUUUUCAGUCUGACACCAUUAAAAUUUAAAACCUGCACACUUGUGUUUUCUCUCUGUCCCUUUGUCAGUGUCACCUCAGGGGUCUGAGCGCAAUGUCCAGUUCUGGCUGAACUCAGCCGCGAGCCCCAGGUGUUCCAGCACCUCGGAUCCCAGAGUUUUAUGAGAACACGGUGAGGAGAGGGGACGAGGCGCAGGGAGAGAGAGGAGCAGGGCGGCGGGGGCACGCCGCAGUUAUCGGGGCCGUUCACCGGCCCACGCCCCGAUAGCGCGGCCAGCUGGCCCGGCUCCAUCCGGGAGCGCCGGUAAACAAGGACGGGAGGUGACACCGGGGCACCGCGCCUCGGCUGCCCGGCCGCUGAGGGUCACAGUGGUGGGUGGACAGUGGCUACUGCACAGCCAGUUCCUGCCAGCCGGCUGCCCCCGGAGAGCCGGGGAAAUAGGGGAUGUGUGGGGAGCAAAGCCAUUGGCACCGCGGAGUGGCACCGGUACCCGCUGUACGUCGCUCGCAGUGCUGAGAGCCACCAUUAGAGAGCUGUGCCUCGGGGCACUGCAGCUCCCGCCCCGCUGCCGCUGCUGAGGCGCGUCCACAGGAAACCUCCCCACAAACGCUGGUAAAUGACCUGGAACGGCUGCUGGCUUUUCCUUUAUUUUUUCCCCGCCAAUAAAUCGCGCCACGUCGCUUCAUGAGCGUUUGUUGUGAGCGCGUGGCUCCCUCAGCAGUUCUGAGCGUGAGGUGAAACCGACAUAAAGCUUUUACUGUCAGGGAGGAAUGAGGAUUUUGAGAUAAGCCCCGGAGAUCACGCCACUCCGCCCUUUACACCCGCACCACACGCAGAGCCCAUCCUGGGACAGCCAUGGUCUCCGUUGUGUGCGCGGAGCCCGCGGCCAUCCCGACCCUGAGGCGUACUCCGCCUCCGCCGCCAUCACCGCGCCGCUCCCGGCCGCCAUCUUCGUCCCGCCCCGCCGAGGCUCGCGGGCGCCAUCUUGUGCCCGGCCCCGCCAUCGCCCGGCAACGGCGGCGGGUCCGGCGGAGCCCCGGAGGCCGGGAUAGCAAAGCCUGGCCGGGCCCCAAGAGUGGUAGCAAGUGCAGAGAAGAUCUCACAUGGAUUUUGUGAGUACAAAAGGGGCAAGUGAAUUCUAAUUUAGAAGUCAGGAUGGAAGUCUUAAUGCCUGAACCUCAGAUUUUUGUGGAAAGAACUCUGGCUAUCAUCAAACCAGAUGCCAUUGAUAAAGAAGAAGAAAUAGAGGAUCUCAUUCUCCGAUCAGGAUUCCACAUCAUUCAGAAACGGAAGCUCCAGUUAAGCCCAGAGCAAUGUAGCAACUUCUAUGCAGAACAAUUUGGAAAAAUGUUUUUUCCUAAUUUAACAGCCUAUAUGAGUUCUGGUCCUAUAGUUGCUAUGGUUCUUGCUAGAAAUUGUGCAGUCUCUUACUGGAAGGAAUUGCUGGGACCAUCCAACAGCCUAAGAGCUAGGAUAACUCACCCUCACAGCUUAAGAGCACUCUAUGGGACUGAUGAGCUGAGGAAUGGGCUCCACGGCAGUCUCAGCAUCUCCUCAGCAGAGAAGGAAAUUCGAUUCAUAUUUCCAGAAGCAAUCUUGGAGCCAGUUCCCACUGGCCAAAGGGCUCGGGAUUACCUGAACCUGUAUGUGAAGCCCACGCUGCUGGCAGGGCUCACUGCCCUGUGCAAAGAGAAGCCAGCAGACCCCAUGAUUUGGCUUGCUGACUGGCUGAUUGAACACAAUCCUAAUAAACCUAAGCUACAAUAUCGCAUCUCUCAGGAAGGGCAUUGACAGUGAGAGCCUGGUGGAAGCCAUCUCACACAUUCCAAGUUAUAGAUGUGUAUUGUCAUUUUUGGUGUGUCCUUUGACUGUAUAAGCAAUACUGUCUAUGUAUUUAAAGUAAAUGCAUUUGUCAUAACUGCUUGUGUCCUCAUGGGAUAAAUAACCCUACACUAACCAGCAUGUAGUGGUUCUAAUACCUUCUCUGCUGACAAAGUGAAUGUAGAAUUACACAAUAAAUUUAUGGCAUUGGGUGAUUAGAAGAAGGCAAUGUUACUGCUAUUGUCCACAUUUUUCUUAGUUUGGCUUUGUGGGAGAACAAAAUCAUUUACAGCAGUGUGGAUUCCCAAAUUAAAUCCACCUGGCUUGUGCUUUGCAAAGCCAAAGGUUGUGUUUCAGCAAUUUUUUAGCAUAAAUUCAGUUAUGAAGGGAGGUACUUGGAUAUAAUGUAGAAAACAAUUACUGGAGGCAUAUUAGCAACUUUGGAAUUUUAAUUCCUGAUUACAUCACCCAGCUAAGGUUGUCCUUGAAGAUUAUUCACUUAGUCUGAUGUAUUUUGUCAGAAUAUAAUUCAAAGGACUUAUUUGAAGGUACAUUCAAAGCACCUUUCCCAUCUUGGUGCAAAAGGCUCAGGGACUAUAAAUAACAAGAUGUAUUUUAGUCAAGGACUAAGGUUGUCUUCCAACAUUUGUUUGCAAUAAAGGUGCUUAAUUGGAACAGCUCACAUUUAAGAGUGUUUUCUGUGUUCUCCUGCUCCUAAACAUACACGAAUUUCUGUUUUCCUCAAACUUUCAUGUGUUCUGUUGAAGAAGAGUGCUUUCAUAAGAGUGCUCUUCCACAAGCAAUGGGUUAAUCCCAUGCUAUUGCCUUUUAUGAAGUAACUGAACUGUUUUUUGGGGAUGUGGGGCUUUUUAAUUUUCUUCAAAGAGCUGUACUUAUGCUGUUAGCUAAUUGUAUCUUAUGGUUUGACUGGCUAUAAUGAAGAAAACUGUAAUUUUCAUAACUCUGAAAUAAGAGUAUGCUUGACUAAUACUAAACAAACAAGUAAUUUCAUAAUUUGUUUCAUGAAAAAACUUGCUUCCCCAAUUUGAGUAAUUAUGAGAAACACAAGUCAUUUUUCUGUAACAUCAAACUUUGUUGAAGUGAAUUGUUUAUCCUCUCAGUGGAACAAGCCACUAUUGCCAGCCCAGAUAAUAAACAUUUAGAAACUAGUCCCUACAGUACCAAGACCUAAAAAUCUCGGGACUGCCAAGAUAAGGAAAAAAAAUGAAAGCCUAAACCCUCAAAUAAUGAAGAAUAAAAGUAUGAGGUGGUUAGAAAUACAGUAACAGAUCUGUUUUCAACCCAUUUAUUUUGCCUAUAAUUAUUGUCCCCAUAUGUGUCUGAUUGCUCCAAUUACAGGACAGUUGUGCUUUGUGGUUUCCUGUCAGCCAAAUAAAAAAAUACAUUUUCUAAAGAUGCCAGAAACGAAAAUCCGGUGAAUUCACAAGGCAUUCCCCUGUAUUUUGUUAGUUACUAUGACAUUUGCCUGCUUAUUUUGGUGUGCUACUGUUUGACAAUAAAUGCAUCCUUAAUGUU